AUGAGUAGUGUUAGCAGUAUUGAUAUUUCUAAGUCAACAGAUGAGCUGUGGAAGGAUAUUUAUCCGGAGUUAUGUGAACUAAUCGGAAGCAAUAAUCCACAGCCGAGUCAUCAAGUGCAUGUUGACAUGGAGCCAAAUUUGACAGAGCUGUCGGUGGAUAAUUUGAUACCAUGGCCCACGGUAUCAUCCACACAAAUGUCAUUGCCAUCACCGUCUCCAGUAUAUUCAUCUGCACCACGAGUACCAGUGACAGUUGGACUAGGAGCCCAACAAAAUUAUCACCACGUGGCACAGGCAUCAUCAGGGCAGUAUCACAACAAUUUGGUUUCUGGGACACAAGCAUCAAUGGGUCCACACAGAUAUCCAAUGACGUACAUGAAGGAGAACUAUGCACCAAGACCUACCCUUCAGUACCAUCGUGGACAGAUGCAUCCAGCCAGCCAUCCUUAUGCACAUGGUACUCGUGCCAAUCACACCAUAACGAGCGGGCCAAUGCAUUCACUUGAGAAUGGAUCGCCUCAACGCAUGCCUGCAGGAAACACAUCCAAAAAACCAAGACGAGAUAGGACAACAUAUACUCGUGCUCAGCUGGAAGUUUUGCAGGGAUUGUUUGAUAAGGACGAAUACCCAAGCAUAGGUGAUCGAGAAGAGUGUGCUAGGAAAAUUAAUAUUGACGAAGCUCGAGUCCAGGUUUGGUUUAAAAAUCGUCGUGCAAAAUGUAAGCAACAAGGUACACAACAAAAAAAACCAGAUUCAACAACAAACAAUUUUACAUUAUCAAAUGGAAAUGAAGCAAGAGAGCAAAUGGCACCAAUGUUGACAAAUAAUGUAUAUCCAUUGCCAAUAGGAAGUGUUGGUAGUAGUGCAAGUAGUGUAAGUAGUGCAAGUAGUGCGACUAUUCCAACACCAUCACCACAAAAUCCAGAUGCACCAACACUAUCAUCAACAUCAUAUCAACAUAGUGUACAUCAGCUACAUGUUGAUUAUAGUCAUUCUUGGGUUGUUCCAACAGUAACACCUCAGACUUCAGUACCUAAUAAUAACAGUCAAUAUACUGGCUAUUACAAUAGUCAUCAAUAUUCAUAUCCUGGUUAUUAUCAACCGUACAAUUGUAAUUAUAAUUAA